AUGUUGAGCGAGUCCAUAAUGGAUAUUCAGGGCACAGUGAUCUGCACGGGCGCGCGUCAUACCCAUCAGGAAACCCGGGACAAGGAGAAAACCGAUCCCCACGCACGAGCCCACCCAAAGCAGAAGAAUGCGUCUGUUCAAGGCUCUCGCCGCCGCGGCCUGACCGGCCUCGUCGCGGCCGAUGCUGUCAAUGACCUAGAGACCAAGGGCCGUGCCGCCCUCGACGCCGUCAUUGAGAGCUCUACCACGUGUAGCAAGGACAAGCUCAAGGUCCGCAGAGAGUGGGGAGAUAUCAGCACCACCGAGCGCAAGGCUUACCUCGACGGAGUGCUGUGCCUCCUGAACACACCCUCCAAGCUCGAUCCCGCUCGUUACCCCGGCGCCAAGAACCGCUACGAUGACUUUGUCGUUGUUCACAUGAACCAGACCCUCUCCAUCCAUGGAACCGGUAACUUCCUCGUGUGGCACCGCUACUACGUGUGGGCCUGGGAGAACGUCAUGAGGACCGAGUGUGGCUAUGAAGGAACCCAGCCCUACUGGGACUACGGCCGCUGGGCCGAGGAUCCUCUUUCCUCGCCUCUCUUCGACGGAAGCGAGACUUCGCUUGGCGGAAACGGCGCCCCGUAA